UGCUACUGCUUUAGCGCCAUGACCACCCAACUGUCAAUUUGAAAUGCAAGAAUGCAAAUCCGCAAUUGAAAUGCACUCAAAGAAGCCGUACAAAGCAAUUUAUCACACUUGGCCACAAAAUCACACGAUAAGUGUCAAAUAAGCAUAUAAAUUUCGAAAUUAUUACAAAAAGGAUUGUUGUAAUCUUUUUGCCGCAUUAAAAUGUGCUUUUCUAUUUAUUGGGUUAUCAAGGAAAGGGCUGCCUCAAAGUUAAUGUGAAAUACCAUAAGUGAUGAUGUGCCACAUUUUGUUGCAACGAUUUUCAAGUAAAUUUAAAGUGCGACCAAAAUUAAUACAAAUAAAAAUCAUAUGGACGAGCCAUAUAUACACGGAAAUUACUGAGGGCAUUACAUUUGGAAAAUAAAUAAUAAUAAUAAUAAAUUUUGAAAAGUUUACUCUGCAAACCUUUGCAAUGCCAUUGUCGGAAAAAGUGCAAAUACAAUACUAUACAACCGCUUAUAUAUAAAUUGUUAAAUAAGUGCAAGAUUACUAUAAUUAUUUAAUACAAAUAUAAGUCGCUAAAUUAAUGACUUUUUGAAGUCAAAUGUAAAAUAUUUGCUGCAUUUUUAUGUAAAAUCCAAAGGCAGCAUUGCUUUAAUAUUUAUUAUAUAAAUACUCAAGAAAUUUUCGCUCCAAUAUCGUUGUGUGUGCAACAAAAUGCGUACAGUGUUUAAACAAUUGAAUCAACAAAGAUUUCUAGUCAUUUUCGUCAUUCAUUUGUAUUUGUUGGAAAAAUCAAUAUUGAUGUGCAAUUGUGUUCAUGGUUUAAGAAAUACCACUGAAAGCGCAGAAUUAGUAACCGGCAUCGAGUCAAGUUUAUCAUUGCCAGAUAUUCUACCAAUACCAUCGAAAAAUUACGAUAAAAAUCGUGCCCCGAAACUACUUGGACAGCCCACUGUUGUCUACUUCCAUGUGACAGUGUUAUCAUUGGAUUCCAUUAAUGAAGAAUCGAUGACAUAUGUCACAGACGUAUUCCUAGCACAAAGUUGGCGUGAUCCGCGUCUACGACUGCCAGAGAACAUGAGUGAACAGUAUCGUAUAUUGGAUGUCGAUUGGUUGCAUAGCAUUUGGCGUCCCGAUUGCUUCUUCAAGAAUGCCAAAAAAGUCACCUUCCACGAGAUGAGCAUACCAAAUCAUUAUCUAUGGCUGUACCAUGAUAAAACCUUGCUCUACAUGUCAAAACUAACUUUGGUGCUAUCUUGUGCCAUGAAAUUCGAGUCCUAUCCGCAUGACACACAAAUCUGUUCCAUGAUGAUUGAGAGUUUAUCACACACAGUUGAGGAUUUGGUAUUUAUCUGGAAUAUGACCGAUCCGUUGGUGGUUAAUAGCGAAAUUGAGUUGCCGCAAUUGGAUAUAUCAAAUAAUUAUACAACCGAUUGCACUAUCGAAUACUCAACAGGCAACUUCACUUGUCUGGCUAUUGUUUUCAAUCUGCGUCGACGUCUUGGCUAUCACCUCUUUCACACCUACAUUCCGUCUGCGUUAAUCGUGGUCAUGUCAUGGAUUUCUUUUUGGAUUAAACCCGAAGCGAUACCGGCACGCGUCACACUGGGCGUCACAUCGCUACUCACACUCGCCACACAAAACACACAAUCACAACAAUCGCUGCCACCGGUAUCCUAUGUAAAGGCCAUCGAUGUGUGGAUGUCAUCGUGUUCGGUAUUUGUAUUCCUAUCGUUAAUGGAGUUCGCUGUGGUGAACAACUACAUGGGCCCGGUGGCGACGAAAGCCAUGAAGGGAUACUCGGACGAGAACAUACACGAUUUGAGUGAUAUGAAGGUGAGAAAGAAUCACCAUCGUGAAUCCAUCAUUGAGCCGCAGUAUGACACAUUCUGCCAUGGACAUGCCACAGCGAUUUAUAUUGAUAAAUUCUCACGUUUCUUUUUUCCAUUCUCAUUUUUUAUACUGAACAUUGUGUAUUGGACAACAUUUCUCUAGUAGUUAGUGUUUAAAAUAAUCGCUAAAAAUUGUUAUUGUUUCAAAUACAUAAAUAUGCACGUUUGGCAUAUGAAAAGUUUUCUAAAAGAAUUUUUUAAAAGAUAUUUUUGUAUAAAUCAAAUGAAGUAGUGGAUUAGGUAUGGGGCAAGUGGAAUAGCUGAUGUUUUUUUAACAGUUUUUGGAGUUGCUGCAGUGUUAACCAAUCUAAG